UUCUCCACACCUCAGUGAAAGAACAUCUGAGAAAAAAAGAGAAACCACUCCCUUUGAGAUCGUAUAUAAUCACAUCCCGCAGCGAUCUGAUUUAGUGUCAAAACACAUCAAACUCAGUGAUUUGCUCUCAAACAGCAGUUCUAAGUCAUGGCAAACAUUUAUGGAGACAUCAUGAAAAUAGACACCACCGGUGCAUCAGAGAAGACAGCAAAACAAGACAAAUUAACCAUAAAGGGGGUUGAAGCCUCCAAAAAAUUGGCUGAGCAUGAUCUGGCCCGGAUGGAGAAAUACAAGAGUAUAAUCAUUAAAGUUGGAAAAGCAAAGAAGAUAGAGCCGGCUGUGAUUGCUGCCAUCAUUUCUAGAGAGUCCAGAGCCGGAGCCGCUCUGAAGGAUGGGUGGGGCGACCGUGGCAAUGGCUUUGGCCUCAUGCAGGUUGACAAACGCCAUCACACUCCAGUAGGUGCAUGGGACAGUGAGCAGCAUAUCACACAAGGAACUGAGAUACUCAUUGGCUCCAUUAAAGAAAUUAAAGCAAAGUUUCCCCAGUGGACUCAAGAGCAAUGCUUUAAAGGGGGAAUAUCAGCCUACAAUGCUGGUGUGAAGAACGUCCGUACAUACGAACACAUGGACGUGGGCACCACAGGAGAUGAUUACGCCAAUGACGUUGUGGCCCGAGCCCAGUGGUUCAACAGCAAGGGUUACUGAAGAAAAUCAGUUAUGAACCUGUAAAACCCUUAUAUUUGUGUAAUGAGCACAACAAUUCGCUAUGAUAAGUCUUCAUUUUAAUAUUAAGUCUAAUUAGAAUGCUAAUAUAGGCUAUAUGUUAAGAGUUUGGGCCGUUUUCAAAAUGAGUACAUUUGCUGUGAUGAAAUAAAAGUCAUUUAUUUACUCAAA